AUGUCCUGUCCCGACUGCUUUCGCGGCGCUGUGCACGACCACUCGGAGCCCACGGGCAAGAUCGAGACCGUCCAUGGGAUCACGACCUACGUGGCCGGCGGCAGUGACCCAUCACGCUCCAAAUCCGCCAUCAUUUACUUGCCUGACGCCUUCUCCUUGAAGUUGGUCAACAACAAGAUCCUGGCCGACAAGUAUGCCUCAGUCACGGGAUGCAAGGUCUUGAUCCCGGACGUCGUCUACAGCGGGGGAAUGCCCGUGUCCGUGUUGGACAAGAUGGAGUCGGUGAUGGGCACUUCGUUGAGCAUCACAAACUUCUUGCCCAAGGCGUACACGGUCCUGACGCUCCUCCCCUUGGCCAUCCCGUUCAUGCUCUGGGGCCACCCCAAGAACCCGUACCCCAACAUCCUCAAAUACGCGCGCGACGUGCGCGCCGAGCUUCCCCCCGGUGGGAAACUGGGCGUCGCGGGAUUCUGCUGGGGCGCCUGGCCCGCCACAAAGCUGUGCACGGAACCCGCCGUCGCGGGCGGCAGUGAGCGUCUCAUCGACGCGCAAUUCAACGGGCACCCGUCGUACAUCAUCAAGGAACCACACAUGGUCGUGGACGCCGUCAAGGCGUUCAAGACUCCCUAUUCCUCCGCGAUCGCCGAGAAGGAUUUCCAGUUCAACGCCGAGGUCGCGACAAAAACCGAGGCUCAGCUCCGCGAAGCUCUGGGGGGGAGUAAAGGGGACGGUGAGGGCGGGUAUAACUACGAGUUCCGCAUCUACAAGGGCGCCACGCACGGGUUCUGCGUCAAGGCCCGCGAGGAGGAUAUGCAGAAUUACCACGACGCGGCGAAGCAGGCGACGGAUUGGUUCAAUAAGUAUCUCAACUGA